CACCCGGGGCCGGGCGUGCGGCGGGAGGACCCGCCGGCGGAGGCGAGCUCUCCCCGGCCGCGGUCGCCGCUCUCUCCGCUCGCCGCGGGCCGGCGCUCCGACCAUGUCCUGGUGCCGCGCGGCGCUGCCGGGAACUCGGCUGAUCGCGCGCGGGAGCGGCUCCGCGGGCCGGUUAGGUCGGGCACCCGGAGCUGCGGCCUCCGGGAUGGGGAACAGCACAUCAUCAUCUUUGGGGAAGUCAGCAACUGCUCCUGUGAAUCAGAUUCAAGAAACAAUUUCUGAUAAUUGUGUGGUGAUUUUCUCAAAAACAUCUUGUUCUUACUGUACAAUGGCAAAAAAACUUUUCCAUGACAUGAAUGUUAACUAUAAAGUGGUGGAACUGGACCUGCUUGAAUAUGGAAGUCAAUUUCAAGAUGCUCUGUACAAAAUGACUGGUGAAAGAACUGUACCGAGAAUAUUUGUCAAUGGAACUUUUAUUGGAGGUGCAACUGACACUCACAGGCUUCACAAAGAAGGGAAAUUACUUCCACUAGUUCAUCAAUGUUACUUAAAAAAAAAGUAAGAGGAAGGAAUUUUAGUGAUGUUGGUGCUCAUAAUGUUGCUAAUAAAAUGUCAGUGAUUUAAAAUUA